CCCCCCAAAAAAACAAUUCUAAAAAUCUAAACAAUCGGAAAUACUUCCUGCCGGCGACGCGUGACCCCGCGCUCGCGUGCAGCCGGCCAACGACAGCGCGGUGCGCGGCCUGGUGCGCCUCCCCUCCGCACCCGCUCUCCGCAGAGGCGGCCGCCACCAUGUGUGCCGCCGCCCGGCUCAAGUCGGUGGACCACGAGGUGUGCGGCAGAGUGCAGGGUGUCUGCUUCAGAAUGUGCACGGAAGGCGAUGCUGAGAAGAUAGGCGUCGUGGGCUGGGUGAAGAACAUCAGCAAAGGCACCGUGACAGGCCGAGCGCAAGGUCCUGAAGAGAAGGUCGGUUCUAUGAAGUCCCGGCUGAGCAACGCUGGAAGUCCUAGUUCUCACACUGACCACACAAACUUUUCUAACGAAGAAACCAUCUCUAAACUUGAAUAUUCUAAUUUCAGUAGUCGAUACUAAUAGAAAAGAAAUAAAAUUAUGUUGCUUGCAGUGCA